UCUUAUCUGGCAAUGCUAUCAUGUAGCGUAUGUUUAUGCUGUAGCCGUAUAAUUUGUGAAGCGCGAAUUUGUAAGACAAAUUAAGAGGUUUAAAUACAUUCCCUUCAUUAGCGAAUUAUCUGAGUAGCAUAAACAUGCGACCACCUUAUAAACCGGGACCCAAAUCAUUUAAGAACAGGACUUCAUCAUUGAGAAAAUCACCAAGGCGUCCGGCAGCAGAUUUAGGUGAUUCAGAUACCAGUAGCGAAGUGGACCAAGAUUUAGAAAGAGUUGAUCAGCCCACUCACAGCCACCUACGAACGAAUGUUUCAAAAGGACAACGUUCCCACGGGAAUGACUUAGCACAACACAGUGGAAGAAACUUUCGAAGUAUGGGGGAGGCAAGUCAAAUUGAUCCUAUACAACGGCCUAUGACAAAUAAGUUAGUGAAGCGCAACAGAAAAGGCGUUCCGAAUCGAAACUUUGUUAAAAGUUAUAAACUACUAGCAAAUCGUGUGGAUUUUAUGAUACCCCGUGCAUCGUUUUCUCGUAUUGUACGCGAAAUUUUAAUGAGUUUAGAUACGAAUGUUCAACAUAUAACUCAAACCGCUUUUGAGGCUCUCCAGACAGCCACUGAAGCGUAUGUUGAGGGCCGUUUGGAGGAUGCUAAUUUAUUAGCAUUGCAUGCGCGUAGAGUCACCUUAAUGGUUAGAGAUUUAGAGCUUAUAAAUUAUCUACGGUGUCGCGAAAGGUAAAGCAAUUCUAAAAUGUAACUUAUCCGAAUGUAUGUAUAUAUAAUUCAAAAAUUUUAAGUAGAAAGUCAUCAGUUUUUAAAAAAGUAAAACAUCGCUUGUUAACGUUUAUGAAAAAUGCGUGUUAUGAUUUUGUUUUCAAUAUUUUAAUAUGUAUGUAUAUGAAUAUAACAUUUAAACAUUAAGCGAGUUAAUUCAUAUGAUUCAGAUAAGAAGUUUUAAGAAUAAUUUUCGUUUUCACCAAUGGCGUCACAUCUGCAUUAUUUAUAGAUAAUGAAUGAAUGAAACUUAUAUUUUAAUUAUUUUAUUCACUAAACCUUAGUCAUAAAUAUAUUGUUACAUAA